AUGUCAGUUGACGUCAUCGAUUGGCGUCCUAGUAAAAUGGCGGCCGCAGAAAUUCAAGUAUCAAAUACUUCGAAUUUAGCUAAAAUAGAAAGUUUUCUAAAUGACCCAAGCUAUAAGGAAAUUAUUGAGAACUCUUCAACGUUCAAUUCAAGAUUAUGUGCCGAACGGAGAAUGCGGAUGCCGUUCAUCGACACCCAAACUGGUGUUGCCCAAAGCCACUCAAACUUAUUUAUGACCAAAAAACAGCGGAUGCCAGGCGCUAAAGAAGGACAAGUUUACACAUAUCCCUCACAAAGAUGGAGAAAAGCACGCCGUCAAUAUCUCACAAUGUCAUCUACACGUUGGGGCUGGAGUGCGGCAGAUACAGCGGAGCAUGUCGGCGAAGGAGAGAACAGUUCCGGAAUACCUGAUGGUCUUGCUGGCGAUGACAGCAGAGAUGGUUCACAGACUGCAGCUAAAGAUGAUCCUAAGGAGUGGUUCUAUGACGAGCUAGCGAUGGAGGAGAUGGAGACGGGCGAGGAGCCCGAGGCGGAGUCGGACGAGGACUACUACGACGACACGUACGCGAACCGGCGCAAGCGGCGCGGCGUCGCGCCCAGCGGGCCCGGCUCGCGCGGCGGCCGCACGCGCAAGAGCCAGCCCGACGACACGCCCAAGCGGGGCCGGGCGGGUCGCGGCAGAAAGCGCGCCGGCCAGGGCACGCUACCGUACGAGGUGCCCGGCGACGCGGAGAAACCCUUCGGCUGUGAACUGUGCGGCGCGAAGUACAAGACGCGCCCCGGGCUCACGUACCACUACACGCACACGCACAAGGAGCCGGGCGGCGGGGCGGGCGGCGCGGGCGGCGGGGCGGGCGGCAGCGACAACGACUCGCGGGACAGCCACAGCCGCGUGCCGCACUCGCCGGCGCCGGCCGCCGCGCAGCCGCCGGCGACCGAGUAUCAAGACAGUUAUGUCACCUUUCUGAGUAACCCGGCCGGUAGCGGUAAGUGUUCGCGGCGCACGCGGAUGCGGGGGGGCGCGGUGGGGGGGACGGGCGGGGGGAUGGAGUCGUUGCGGAGGCUUUCCACUGAUUUACUCCAACACCUACGCGCCCCUACACAAACCUUCAUUCGUGUAUUCAUAAAUUUCCAGCCAUCGCCGUCACCCUACUGCGACUUCUGUCUCGGCGACGACCGCGAGAACAAGAAGACGGGGACGCCCGAAGAGCUCGUCAGCUGCUCCGACUGCGGCCGAUCAGGUCAUCCCACAUGCCUCCAGUUCACGGUGAACAUGAUGGUGUCCAUGCGCAAAUACCGCUGGCAGUGCAUCGAGUGUAAAUGUUGCUCCGUCUGUGGGACCAGUGAUAAUGAUGACCAGCUGCUGUUCUGCGACGACUGCGACCGCGGCUACCACAUGUACUGCCUGGCGCCGCCGCUCGACACGCCGCCCGAGGGCUCGUGGUCCUGCGCGCUCUGCAUCAAGGAGUUUCACCUCAAGGAGUGAGGUAAACAAAAGAAGACGAUGAAAAAGUCAAAAGUAAUACGUACAACGCAGUGAGGGCGACACGCCAUUUUGUAUAAGAGUCAAAUGUAUAAACUAUGUUGCCAUAGAUUAUAGAGUUAGGUCGGGCCGAGUGUGGGUUUAUGGUCUUGUAAAUUAUUAUCUAUGCUAAUGUUGUAAAUACGCUCUUAUACUAUAUGAUAUUUUUAUUGAAUAAUAUCUGUUGAGUAGCUUUUUUAUAAGCUCUCGUCUAUAAUUUUAGCAACCUUAUUUUUAGUUUCAACGCUUUAAGAAUCAAUUAAUUUAAUCAAUUUUUUUUUAGUUUAAAAAUAGCACACAAACGGUGUAAGGUUUAUUUGAUUGGUUAUUUGAAAUCAUUAAAUGACAAAUGCAUGUUUUGUUUUACUUGAAGUGUCAUGUCGGAAAUCAUAAAU